AUAUUGAGUUUGUCGUAUUUAUUUUGGAAGAUUUAUAUGUCGUGAAGGUGUGAGGGGGGCAAUAAAACGGUUACUCGGAAUCAGCCGCGUGGAAUUAGGGCAAUGGCUGGAGCAUCUUCGCCCUGCAUCUUCUGUCAAAUUGCCCGCUCUUACACCUCCACCACUCUUCUCCACUCCGAUGACAAGGUGGUUGCAUUUCAAGACAUCAACCCUUCCGCCUUCAGGCAUUACUUGGUAAUUCCUGUGGAGCACAUCGCAACUGUUAAAGACCUCCAGAGGAGAGCUGAAGAUUAUUCGUUAGUUGGUCACAUGUUAAAUGUGGGGCAAACCCUACUACACAGAGAUGCACCUCAUUCCAUGGAGUACAGAUUGAUCCAGAGAAGCUACUCUAGACUUCAGUUACCACCAUUAGCUGUUGGAGUGUCCAAGAGCCAUGUAUUAUUGAAAACUUUGGCUUUCAUCGGCCUCCAUUUAACAGUGUUAACCAUCUGCACCUCCAUUGUUUGGCACUUCCUUUCACACCUAGAUGGAAACGUGUAAAAUACUUGUCUUUGGGACCGUUGGGUGGAUUCAUUGAAGCUGAGAAGUUGUUGGAGAAGAUAAAGCCAUACCCCGAUCUCUAAAGUGUGACCGUAUUCAAUUACCUGUCAUUUAGUUUAUCUUCUGUUUUGUUUAUUGAUUUUCAAUUGUAAGUUCUCAUACAAACGGUUCUCACUUUGCAAAUAAGUUUAUAUAAAUUUUGUAGCCUAUCAAAAUAAUAAUAAUGAUAAUAAUAAUAAUAAUAAUGUGAUGAA